GGAGCUGAGUAACUGCCAGGGCUAUUUUUACUCUUACUCAGCAGGCUUCCUUGUCUUUGCUGCUGCUAGAUGGGAGAAGGACAGGAGUCUGGGAGCAAGAGACAGCAGCAGCAAUCGCUCAGAGCUUGAGACUUAUCGAGACUCAACACACACCCAGAGUCCAGCAAAAACAUUUGCUCACCUGUCUGCAAAACCAAACCAGAGCUCACAUUCAACCAAACUGCCAACCAUAUUUUGAAAGAAAAGGCACCAAAGACCAGAAGUUUAAACUUAGACAGAAAAAAUAAUCAACAACAGCAUUUCUUUAAAAAUAAAUAUACCAGAAGAAGAAAAAGAUUAUAGGAAAGAAAGUAAAAAUUAAGGAAGAAGACUUUGUUACCUGAUUUUGUAUAAAACUUUGGGAAAGUUUUCUGUUGGGAGAGGAAUUAGUGAAUUUGUUUUUGAUAUUUGGAAAAUAUGGCAAAUCAUUUUUACCUUCUUGUUUAAGACUUUUUUUUUUAAAGAAAAAGGAAACUGAGAAGGAAAAAACAAGCUGGUGGACCACCUGAGAAAAAGAAAUGCAGAAAGAUUUCUUUCACUAAGAGGGGAUACAGACUGGAUGCAUACAUUUUUGGGGGUCUGCAUUCAUUUUUUAUUUAUGCUCUCCUCCUAUACUCCUGGUUUACAAGACAGAAAAAAGGACAGACAACUCAUACAGAAUUACUUUUUUUAGAGGAAAAAGGGGGUUCUUUUUAACCCUUUCCUCCCCACUUCAAGAUUGUGGAAAAUAGCUCGGGGUGUGGAAAUGAGAGUGUGCAGAACCUUCUAUGCAUGAGGCAAGGCUGGAACUAGAUUGUCAGCGGAGACUGAUUUCUUGUCAAGUCUCCCCUUCAAUGUGUCUGGAACUCUUGGGGAUAGGAGUCGGUAUGAAUUUCGGGGUGCUAUUCGUGUGUCUCUGGUACCUGCCUCUCAUCAGCACCGAGGGGGACCCCAUUCCUGAAGAACUUUACAAGAUGCUGAGUGACAGGUCGGUGCGUACCAUCAGCGACCUCCAACAUGCCCUGCAGAUAGACUCCGUAGAACAGGAGGAUGGUCCUAGCUUGGACCUGAACUCAACCCAAACCCACCUUGGUCAUGACCCUGUUCCCCUGUCCCGAGGGAGACGAAGUGUGGAUGCCCUAGCCACUGCUGAGCCAGCUGUCCUUGCUGAGUGCAAGACGCGGACAGCGGUCUUUGAGAUCUCCCGGAGCAUGGUGGAUUCCACCAAUGCCAACUUUGUGGUGUGGCCACCCUGUGUGGAGGUGCAGCGGUGCUCGGGGUGCUGCAACAACCGCAAUGUGCAGUGUCGCCCCACGCGGGUCCGUGUGCGACACAUCCAGGUAAACAAGAUUGAAUUUGUCCAGAAGAAGCCAAACUUUAAAAAAGUCAUUGUGCCAUUGGAGGACCAUGUGGACUGUCGCUGUGAGGCACUGUCAUCUCGGCCCUCCAGUCACAGUUGGCCCAAUCUACGUGAAUACAAACAUGGGUUAUUGACAAUCACUACAGCUCCUGUGUCAGCAAGGCAACGAGCACGCCGGCUGCAAGCACAAAAGAGGAAACAUCGGAAGUUCAAGCAUGUCCCUGAUAAGAAAGUGCUGAAAGAAAUCCUCACAGCAUAGAGGUGCUGGCAGGGGAGAGAGUGCAAAGCAGGUUUAUUUAAUAUAUUUGCUGUAUUGCCCCCAUGGGGUCCUCAGAGCGAUAACUUUUCCUCUUCGUCCGUCUGCCUCGGUGCCUGACUUGGACAACAAAUGGUGCUUGCCUUUUCUUCUUGGACCUUCUCCCACCAAAGCCUCCCCUCAGCUUCCCUCUUUUCAUAUAUUAACAAUGUUUUAAAAUUUUCCAAGAAAGAAAACAAAACAUUAAAAAAAAACCACAAGAAGCCACAAGCAACUGGGAUAAGACAAGGCCUUCCCUGCUGCAGAAGACAGGAUGGGAAAUAGGAAAGAGAAAAAUGGGUCCAAUUUCCUUUUUUUGGGGGGAAGGGAUCAGUUGGGGGGGUGAGGAAGUGAGGAGAAUUGUCCUCCUUUUCCUUCUCAGUUCUGUUACGGGCAAAGGGCUCGGACUGAGGUCAAUCGUUGCAAUGGACAUGUUUCAAAGCAGACGGAUCUCAGAUGAAGAGCAAUCACCAAUGAUGGAAAAUGCACUAAGGAUUUUUACUGGCA